GAGAGAGAGCAAGAGAGGCGGAGAGGAAGCGGAGAAAUGAGGUGAAAGUAAUUCCGCAUUAAUCAAGCCGGGGCAAAAGGGAGCGAAUCCUGUGUUUUCUCCCCCCUCAUUCGCUGAAAGGCAAGGUGUGGAUGACGGAACCUACCGGAGCCGGCAGAUUAGCACCACCGGAUCACAGCAUCGCACCAUGUCCGAAUCCAACGCCAUCGCCGCUUGCACCGCCGACCAGAACGGAGCGGUUCCAGGCGAGUCGGUGAAGAAGGACGAGAACUCCCGGAGAGGGAACUGGGGUAACCAGAUCGAGUUUGUCCUCACCAGUGUGGGCUACGCUGUGGGCCUGGGGAACGUCUGGAGGUUCCCUUACCUCUGCUACAGAAAUGGAGGAGGUGCCUUUAUGCUCCCGUAUUUCAUCAUGCUGGUCUUCUGCGGCAUUCCACUCUUCUUCCUGGAGCUGUCCUUUGGACAGUUCGCCAGCCAGGGCUGCCUGGGGGUCUGGAAGAUCAGUCCCAUGUUCAAAGGUGUGGGCUACGGCAUGAUGGUGGUGUCCACCUACAUCGGGAUCUACUACAACGUGGUCAUCUGCAUCGCCUUCUACUACUUCUUCACCUCCAUGACCAGCCUGCUGCCCUGGACGUACUGCAACAACCCCUGGAACACGCCCGACUGCAGCGGCGUGGUCAACCAGUUGAACGGCACGCUGGCCAACGUCACCCGCAGCGCUGCCGCCGAGGUCAGCGAGGUGGUCAACCGCACCAAGCGCACCAGCCCCAGCGAGGAAUACUGGAAACAUUACGUGUUGGACAUCUCUGACGACAUUGGCAACUUUGGGGAAGUGCGGCUCCCCAUCCUGGGCUGCCUGGCCGUGUCCUGGGUGGUGGUCUUCCUCUGCCUCAUCCGGGGCGUCAAGUCCUCUGGAAAGGUGGUCUACUUCACCGCCACCUUCCCCUACGUGGUUUUGACCAUCCUGUUCAUCCGCGGCAUCACCCUGGACGGCGCCAUCAACGGCAUCAAGUACUACCUGACUCCGCAGUGGCAGAAGGUCCUAGACGCCAAGGUGUGGGGCGAUGCGGCCUCACAGAUAUUCUACUCCCUGGGAUGUGCUUGGGGGGGCCUCAUCACCAUGGCGUCCUACAACAAGUUCCACAACAACUGUUUCAGAGACAGCAUCAUCAUCAGCAUCACCAACUGUGCCACCAGCGUCUACGCCGGCUUCGUCAUCUUCUCCAUCCUGGGCUUCAUGGCGCACCACCUCAACGUGCCCGUGUCCGAGGUCGCCGACCACGGCCCGGGUCUGGCCUUCGUGGCGUACCCGGAGGCACUCACCCUGCUCCCCAUCUCCCCGCUCUGGUCGCUGCUCUUCUUCUUCAUGCUCAUCCUCCUGGGGCUGGGGACUCAGUUCUGUUUACUGGAGACGUUGGUGACGGCCAUCGUGGAUGAGAUCGGCACCGACUGGAUCAUGCGGAAUAAGACCGUGGUCACGCUGGGUGUGGCUGUCGUCGGCUUCCUCCUGGGAGUGCCGCUAACAACGCAGGCGGGAAUCUACUGGCUCCUGCUGAUGGACAACUACGCCGCCAGCUUCCUGGUCAUCAUCUCCUGCAUCAUGUGCGUGUGCGUCAUGUACGUUUACGGUCACCGAAACUAUUUCAAAGAUGUGGAGAUGAUGCUGGGCUUUCCUCCCCCGCUCUUCUUCAAAGUCUGCUGGAGGUUCAUCUCCCCCGUCAUUAUCUCCUUCAUCCUGAUCUUCACCGUCAUCCAGUACAAGCCCAUCACUUACAACGACUACGUGUUCCCCGGCUGGUCCCUGGCCAUCGGCUUCUCCAUGGCUCUGUCCUCAGUGAUCUGCAUACCCAUCUACGCCCUCUACAAGAUCUCCAGGUCCCCGGGAGCCACGUUCAGAGAGCGGUUGAAGCACGCGUGCCAGCCACACCCGAAGUGGGGGCCGGCCCUGCGGGAGCACCGCACCGGCCGCUACGCCCCGCCGGCCCCCGGAGACACCGCGGAGGCUCGGCCCCUCAAGGAGAAGGAGGAGCUGAAAGAGGAGGAGGCGGCGGAGACGGAGAGGAAGGACGACAUCAGCCUCACCAUCCAGGGAAGCAACGGCUCCACCAACACGCACAACAACCCCAACCCCAGCGCGUAGACGGCCGCCCCCCAAGCCCCGUUCCGCCCACGCCCCCUCCACCUCCCCCGCCUUCGCUCCUCGCCCCGCUUUCCCACGGUCUUCUGUGGGGGAGAUCCCUUUUUUUUGCUGGAGACCUUUACAUAUUGUAAGGGCUUAUUAUAUCCAUCCUAACCUCUGCUGUCUAGCUGUCAUAUCUAUAGGCACAACAACAACAACAACAACAACAACAACAAAACAGGGCACAUAAACAAAAAACAAAAAACAAAACGAUUGGGUCAUGGUCCAAAUGAUUUGUUUGCGUGUGUGAGUGGGGACUUUUUAAUUUGUCGCACGUCAUGUAAUAAUGUUCUUCCUGUCUCAUCGUCACGCCGUCUCUCCCGACAUUUUGCUGCGAAAAUUGUCGUAAUUCCACAGCCAAAAAUGGAAUACAUUCUUUUUUUCCCCUCAAAAUUCUACACAAUACCCCGCGUCGAUUUGAAAAUGUAUUUUUUGUUUGUUUUUUUGCAAAUUUAUUAAAAUUAAAACAUCCUUUAAGUAGUCGCAGCCUUUGCUUAAUGUAAAGGGAAACAAUUUUUCCGUAAAAAAUUUUUUUUUUUUUUUUGCCAAAAUGCACCGGAAAGACUCUCAGAACAUGAGAAAACUAAAUUCUCCGGUCUGAUUGGGUGCGAAUGUUUGGAGGACACCGGCCAAAUGCCAUCCCCUACAUUGACACAUGGUGGUGGCGGCAUCAUGAUGCGGGGGAUGAUUUUCAGCAGGAUCGAGGGAAAGAUGAAUGCAGAGACAUCCGGCGUAAAAAACAGCACGUCUCAUCCAAACGGAAAUUUCUCAUCUUUAUGUCCGUCUCUCCCGACAUCUUGAAACCCUUCGGGCCCGUUUAGUGCAAAAAUAGAAAAUAAAUUCAUUUUUUCCCCUCAAAAUUCUACACACAAUACCCCGCGUCGAUUUGAAAAUGUAUUUUUGUUUGUUUUUUUGCAAAUUUAUUAAAAUUAAAACAUCCCUUAUACCGAGUGUUAGUAUCGCAGCCUUUGCUUAAUGUAAAGGGAAGCAAUUUUUCCGUAAAAAUUUAAAUUUUUUAGCCAAAAUGCACCGGAAAGACUCUCAGAACAUGAGAAAACAAAAUUCUCCGGUUUAAUUGGGUGCGAAUGUUUGAAGGAAACUGGCCUGGUGCCAUACCCUACAGUGACGCAUGGUGGUGGCGGAGAUGGUUUUCAGCAAGAUAGAGGGAAAGAUGAAUCCAGAGACAUCCGGCAUGAAAAACACACACGUCUCACUCAAACGGAAAUUUCUUCCGACAUCUUGAAACCCUUUGGGCCCGUUAAGUGUGAAAAUAGUCGUAAUUCUACAGCUCAAAAAUUGAAUAAAUUAUUCUUUUCCCUCAAAAUUCUUCACACAAUACCGGGCGCUGACGUGAAAAUUUAUUUUUUGGGGUUUUUUUUUUUUGCAAAUGUAUAAAAAUUAAAAAACACUAAGUAUCACAGCCUUUCCUCGGAGUAAAUAGCAGCAAUGUUUUCGUAAAAAAUAAAAUGUUGGCCAAAAUGCACCGGAAAAAAAAAGCAAAAAGCCAACGAAAUUCUCCGGUGUUAUUGGGUGCGAAUAUUUGGAGGAAACCGGCCCAGUGACGCAUGGUGGUGGCGGUAUCAUGAUGCGGGGAUGGUUUUUCAGCGGGAGCGAGGGAAAGAUGAAUGCAGAGACAUCCGGCAUGAAAAACAACAUGUCUCAUCCAAACGGAAAUCUCCUUGAAAAAAAUACUUGUCAACAACGUAUUGAAUAUUGUAUUUUUUUUUACAUUUCUAAUUCAUUUUCCAAAAAAUGACAAAAAUCUUUUCACACUGCCAAUAUGGUGGUAUUGUGUGUAGAAUUUUGAGGACAAAAAAAAAAAGAGCAUGUAUACAUUUGACAGUACAGUGUUAGUUUUUCCUACGUUCCUUCUUCAAAAGAACACCACACACACAAAAAAAAUAUAGCCCAUUUCUCAGGUUCCUCAUAAGUCCGAAAAGAGAUAAGGUAUUACCGAAAAAAUUCCAGACUAUAAGCAGCUUUUUUUUUUUUACGCUAAUUCGUGUUUUUUUCUUAGCUGACGUCCAUAAAAAAAAAAUUUCCCCAAAAAACAAAAACACUUAAACGGUGUGUUAUUGUCAACCGGCAGCCGUCCGUAACGUUUUUACGUUUUUUUUACAAUACAACUUAAACAAUGUGAACGUCCGUCGGGAGUGUUUUCAUGAAAAUAUUUGAUCGUAAUGUAAUGGAGCUAGCCUCGUUAGCUAAUUUGCCAACACGUUUACGAGCGUCAUGUGUUAGCUGACGACUUCUGUUUUGUUUGAUCGGCCGUUUUACUGCCUUGUCACGGGCACCGUUUGGAAACAAUUAAGUGAACGUUUACAUAAUCUCUCUUCGUAAAUAACUUAUAGUCCGAUGCGGCUAAUAGGUGGAAAAAAAAUAUUUUACUUUUUUUUUUUGUGGGUGUGCUCUAUAGUCCGGAGAAUACGGUAUCCGCUCGCUUCUGGUCCUGAACCGCCCCCUUUCCAGGGUUCUCCCUGGAAUGAGGCAAAAACCCAUACCAUACCUAAUGUAAAUGUGAAUUAAAAAGUGUUUCUCCAUUCCUUGUGAGUGCACUUUGGUCGAAUGUUCAAGGAUUUUGCCGUUAAACAGUAAAAAAAAAAAUACUAUCGUGAGUGUGAAAUGUCGUCGUUGUGCGGUUUUGUGCUAGCAACCUCCGGUUUUACCUCGAUUUUUGAAGGCGUUAUCGCAGAUGGAACGAGAUACGUCGGUUUUAGCGAGGUUUUGACCGUCUUGGGCAUUAAAGCCACGUAAUGAUAAAGUGCGGUGUUUACCUCGGAGAGUGCACCGUCACGGUGUUACCUUCCGUCAAACACACCAUCAGCGGCUUGACCCAUGCUCUCACGGGAAAAAGAAAAAAAACGUCGGCCGUUUGGAUAUCGUUUUAACAUCCCGUUCUGAUUCAUAGUGGUGUAACACGACGAUACGGUAAAGUCGCUUCACUGAAAUUUUUUGGACGAUUUAUUUCUUUAAUUCGGUCGACGUCUUUGGGCGCCACAUGAUUCGAGUCUUGGGGGUAAGAAUGGAUUCUCAAUUCAAAAUCAAUGCUUUUUUUUUUUUUUUUUUUAAUUCCAUCGGGUAUUACAUUCCUCCCCAAAAAAAUAAUUAAACAGCGCUGAUACAUUUUUAUUUUACUAUUAAAAUUUUUUUAUUUUAUUUCAUAAAAUACAAAUUAGGACACAGGAAAAGUAUCCCACACUUCUGUACACACACACACAUACAUAAACAAAUAAAUAUAUAUACAUAUAUAUACAGGUCAGGAAAAAACACAGCGGCUAAUUCAUCCCUACAACCCUGUUAGGCAGGUUUCCCUGCUCUUCAGGGGAUUUUAUUUUCAGGAAAAACAAAACACAGAGGCUAUUUCAUGCCGACAAGCCUGUCUCGCAGGUUUCCCUGCUUUUCAGGGGCAUUUUUUUCAUUAUAAAUAAUAACAAUAAAAUCGAAAUCCCCUGAAGAGCAGGGACACCAGCGAAACAGGCUUGUCGGGAUGAAAUAGCCUCUGAUUUUUUUCUCCUGAAAACUGAAAAACACCCCUGAUCGCAGGUUUCCCUGCUAUAUAAGGAAGAUUUUUUUUAAUAUAAAAAAUAACAAUAAAAUCAAAUCCCCUGAAGAGCAGGCACACCAGCGAAACAGGCUUGUCGGGAGGAAAUAGCCGCUGUGUUUGUUUUUUCCCCCUAAAAACUAAAAAAACACCCCUGUUUCGCAGGUUUCCCUGCUCUUCAGGAGGAUUUUUUUAUAUAAAUAAUAAUAAAAUCAAAACCCCUGAAGAGCAGUGACACCAGCGAAACAGGCUUGUCGGGAAGGAAAUAACCUCUGUGUUUGUUUUUCCCCCUGAAAAACACACCUGUUUCGCAGGUUUCCCUGCUCUUCAUGAGGAUUUUUUAAAAUAUAAAUAAUAACAAUAAAAUCAAAUCCCUUGAAGAGCAGGGACACCAGCAAAACAGGCUUGUCGGGAGCAAAUAGCCUCUGUGUUUGUUUUUUCACCCUGAAAAACACACCUGUUUUGCAGUUUUCCCUGCUCUUCAUGAGGAUUUUACAAAUGAUAAAAAUAAAAUAAAAUCCCCUGCUUUUCAGGGGAUUUGAAACAGGCUUAUCAGGAUUAUCUGUGUAUUUUCCCCUGAAAAAUACACCUGUUUUGCAGGUUUCCCUGCUCUUCAUGGGGACUUACAAAUAAUAACAAUAAAAUCAAAUCUCCAGAGGAGCAGGGACACCUACGAAACAGGCUUGUCGGGAUGAAAUAGCCUCUGUGUUUUUUUUCCUCCUGAAAAACACACCUUUUUCAACGGUUUCCCUGCUCUUCGUGGGGAUUUUCUAAAAAAUAACAAUCAAAUCAAAUCCCCUGAAGAGUAGGGACACCUACUAAAAAGGCUUGUUGGGAUGAAAUAGCCUUUGUAUUUUCACCCCCUGAAAAACACACCUGUUUCGCAGGUUUCCCUGCUCUUCGUGGGGAUUUUUAUAAAAAAUAAUCAAAUCAAAUACCCUAAAGAGCAGGGGCAACUAAAAAAACAGGCUUGUCUGGAUGAAAGAGCCUUUGUGUGUUUUUUCCUGAAAAACACACCUGUUUCCCAGGUUUCCCUGCUCUUCAUGGGGAUUUCACAAAUAAUAACAAUAGAAUCAAAAUCCCCUGAAGAGCAAGAACACCUAAAAAACAGGCUUGUCGGGAUGAAAUAGCCUCUGUGUUUCCCCCCCCUGAAAAACACACCUGUUUCGCAGGUUUCGCUGCUCUUCGUGUGGAUUUUUUAUAAAAAAAUAAUCAAAUCAAAUCCCCUGAAGAGCAGGGGCACCAAAAAACAGGCUUGUCGGGAUGAAAUAGCCUUUGUUUUUCCCUCCCUGAAAAGCACACCUGUUUCGCAGGUUUCGCUACCCUUAGUGGGGAUUUUACAAACAAUAACAAUAAUAUCAAAUCCCGUGAAGAGCAGGGGAUUUGAAACAGGCUUGUCGGGAUCAUAAAUAUAUAUAUAUUUAUAUAUUUUUUUUAAUCAAUGUGUUUUUUUUAUCAAUUACGAACCUUUACAAGUAACCAUUCAAAAAAGUGAUUUUUUUUUUAACCUCUCCAAUUUUAGCUACAAGCUAAUGCUAGCAGGGAAAACCGGAUGUUUUUUUGGGGGGGGGGGGGAAUCUUACGAGGGUUCACUGUGACAUUUGCUACGCUAACUCCAAGCGCGAGACUGCCCUUAUCUAAAAAAAAUUUAAAAAAAAACCCAGCUGGGACCACUCUUAAGUGCUAUUUUAAGAACCAAUAACAUAAUGGGAGGAGCUCAAAGAGCCAGAUGAGGCGUUCAGGAACCGUCCGAGCGGUGGGACCCAGGACACGCGGGGCCUGGGAACGCCUCAGGAUCUCUCAGUUUUUUACCCGGAAUCGGCACUUAUGACGUCUCUCGUUUAAAAUCGGCGCUGGUGCUCUGCUUGAAAGCCUCCAAAUAUGCAAAGGCGGCCAAGUCCUGGUCAACAUGUGACAGUUUUUCCCUGGUUUUUGAAGAGCAGCACGAUUGAAAGAAGAAGAAGAAGAAGAAAUCAUCACCCGGUCAAUCAAUAAGGUGUGCAGCCAGUGUGUGGAUCUAAGCUGCAGUUGCGCCUGUGCGCCACCAGAGGGAGCCAUUGGACACUCAGGGUAGUAGCGGCACCACAACACUGUCUAACAGUCAUAACACCCUUCUUACGCCUCGCCAAGUCUUUUUCUUUUAGUGGGUCUUCCUGUCGCCAAACCAGGUCUUUUUUUUUUUUUUUUUUUUAGUCUUUUUAGGUGUUUUGCAGCCGUCAUGAGUAAUAAACUAGCUCUGUAUAUCC